AUGACGACUACUGGCUCUUAGUUCAUGCACAGUUCUAAAAAUUCAGAAGUCCCUUAGAUUUCUGAGUAAUCAUCUCUGUUCAUUGACUAAACUAAUAUACAAAGAGGGAUGGUCAAGGAAUUUAAGAUGGCUGACUAUUACAAGUAAGGCCCUCCUCAAAUUUAACCUGAGAUGAUAAAUAUAGCAACUUAGGGUCAAGUAUUUGGAGCAAGUAAUACAAGUGCAAGUUUUCAAGGGAAAUCCUUUAAAGAACUAAUGAUGCAGACAUUAAACAGAAAGCGAGAAGGGGCCUUCAAUAAUGGGAAGUAACUUCUUUCGCCAAUAAAUAAAUCUACCAAUCAAGUAUUGAAUUUACCAGAGAUAAAUUCAUUAGAGAUAUUUGAUUAAAUUCUCUAGAAAGAGCAAGAAAAAAGUGGAGUAAGAGUUUUCAAGCAGGGUGAAUCAUUGAAAACUGGACUAAUAGACCUAGAUUAAAUUUAUACAAUGGUGCAAUCAAAAGAAGCCAAAGACUAUUAAGUUAUUGGAAAUUAAGAUUCAACAAGAUUAAUUCCUCUCCCAAAGUAGCUAACAAAAAAGCAGAAAUGGAACAAGGUCUUGUAAUUUGCAUCUAAAAAUCCUUAAUUUUUACUAGAUGCUAUUCCCUCUACAGACUUUAGCAUCAUAACUGAAGUCCUAUAAUCUACAAAGACCCAAGAUUAGCCUUUAUCCUUCAUAAAUGAAUAGAUUACAUCAAGUUUUACAACUCUUAAUUAGUCAUCUCAUUCAAGAUUAAAGUAAAGACUCUAGUCUGAUCUAAAUUUAUCGAGACAGUAUGCAGCUGAUGACUAUUAAAAUGUAUCUCCAAAAAUAGUAGAAGAUGAAUAGUAUCCCUUUAUGAAAUCUGAGGCUAACACCUCUGUACAUAGUCAUUACCAGAAAAUAUAAAAAGAUUAUUAAGAUGCAUUAAGCACUUAAUAGAGAUAAAAAUAUUUAAAAGGACAGUAAGACAUGAUAAAAUCAUCCGAUCGUCCCUUUUCGUUUUGCUAACCUAGAAUAUAACAUGCAAAUAUCAAUAUAAACAAAGGUAAUAAGUCUAGUAGAGCAGCAUCUUAGAUAGGUUAGUAAUCAGUCAGAAGUAGAUAAAUUUAAGUUAAAGCUUCAACAAGUUUCUCAAAUGAUAAAUAAAGACCUAAAUCUAAAUCAUAAACUAGAUACCAAGAUGACAAAAGUGAAAAAAGUGUGAAUGAAAAUUAAUUGCAAUUGUCUGAUAAUCAAAGUAAUAUUGGAUCAUCAAGAAAAUUGCUUAAGCUCACAACAUUAGGAUCAGAGUAAAAGCCUUAAUUAGCUACUCCAUCAAUCAAGAAUCUCAAUUAGGAUUUGAUAGAUCAAGAAUCAACCUCUACUAAAUCAAAGGAAAAAUCGAGGAAGAAAGUAGAUUCAGAAUUACAAGCCAAAUUUAUUGAUUGGUCUUAAUCUUCAUUAAGAUAAUUUAUGACUAACAUGACAUAGCACGAACAUUUUUAAAAAAUCGAAUUCAAUGCUGUUAAUUUAUACAAAAGGCAUGAAAACUUUAAGAGAACUUUGCAAAGAAUUGCAAUUAAAAAGGUUGGCUUAAAAAAUUGA